AUGCUAUGGAGCAAGGAUCAUACAGGAAAUAAAGAGGCGCAAAAUUCCGGCGCGAAUGGAUUUGACGUUGAGGACAGUUUGGAUGUAACCCGUCAGAAAUGUUCAUCACAGGGCGAAUGCCAGGAAUUAGUUAAAUUAACCGACCUCCACCCGGCGGCUCUUGCGAGCUUGGAUUUGGUAAUGCUGCUUAUAACUAAAUAA